AAUUAAGUUGCGAAAGUAGAGCACGAGUGUUCACAGUGUAUUUGCAUCAUGGCGACUCGAUGGGGUAUAUGUGCAGCUGGACUCAUCGCUCACGACUUUGUCACUGCCGUACGCACGCUGCCUUCUGCAGAACAUACAAUUGCAGCUGUAGCCGCUCGCUCUAGUGAUCGCGCUCGAGACUUUGCAUCUAGGCACUCCAUAUCGAAAGCCUACGGUAGCUACGAAGAUCUAGCGAAGGAUCCAGAUAUCGACGUUGUGUAUGUUGGUACGGUUCACACUACACAUGUUGAUGUGGCAAGUUUGAUGAUGAAAUGGGGCAAGUCCAUCUUGUGUGAGAAACCGCUUGCAGUGAACUUGAAAGAAGCUCGUCAACUUACUAGUCUUGCAAGAGAAAAGAAUGUAUUUCUCAUGGAGGCGUUGUGGAGUCGUUUCUUUCCUGCUUGGAUUGAACUUGAAAAUCAGAUUAAAAGUGGUGCAAUUGGCGAUAUCAAGCUCGUGACAGCAAACUUUGGUAUCAAAUUGGGUGAUAACCCUUCAGAUAGAUACACUAAGAAAGAACUGGCAGGAGGCGCUUUACUUGAUCUUGGAGUUUAUCCUCUCUCGUUUGCAUCAUUUGUCUUGUCUGGCUUGAAACCAGACAAGGUGGUAGCUGCAGCUAAUUUAAUGGAAACCGGAGUAGAUAAGCAAGUUGGAAUGACACUAGUUUAUCCAAGUAGCAAGAUAGCCAACUUGUGUGUAUCUUUCGAAGCUGAAUCACCAAGAGAUGCAUAUGUCAUUGGCACCAAAGGAAUUAUCAAGGUUCCCUAUCCAUUCUGGUGUCCGACCAAACUAGAAACACCCUCUGGAGUUUUGGAGUAUCCAUUACCCAAGUCUGAUACUCCUUUCAAUUAUCAAAACAGUGCUGGUCUGUCUUAUGAAGCAGCUGAGGUGAGGAGAUGUCUUCAAGCCGGCAAGAAAGAGAGUGAUCGUAUGCCACUCUCUCAAUCAGAAAUGGUGAUGGGAUUGAUGGAUGAGAUUCGGCGACAGGUGGGAGUUGAAUACCCUCAGGAUAUGUAAGGACAGAUCCGACUUGCUGUGAACUGCUUCAAUUAGCUCUUGUGUACGUAGUUUGCAAUUGGAGCUACAAUAAAGUCAUGUGCUUUUGUGAUAAUGGUAGGCGGAGUUUACUUCAUAUUAGUUGUUGACUAGUGAAUUCAUCCACAAUUCAUCGUUAAUUUUAGUUGAUGCUUGA